AUGCGACUUCAUGGCUAUACGCUUGCCGACGAGGCUAGGAACACGGCAUCUAAUCGCCGCGGAGCUCGUGGCACUGACGCGAAACUGAGAUAUAAGCCUGUUACAUUUAUCAGUGCUGGUUUCAUGGACCCUCUAAAUGAUCUUAACGUGCAACUUACCACUUCAAAUGAAACGCAGGUAGGCUUAGAUACCCCAGGGCAGGUGUCGGCUGCUGCGGAUCCUAUCAUAAAUACUCGACCAUCUGAGGGCCACGUUUCGCCUUCGCCUGGUGAAGUGCCGUCUCGUAAUGCACAGUCAUCUUCCACGUUAAAUACUCCUAUUGUUCCAAACAAAAACUCGACAAAGGGUCAUAGACGCUCUGUAGAUCCCAAAUCUGAUCAUGGCGGUGAUUCCAGUGAGGAAGUCAUAUUAUUCAAAGGGAGAGAUCGCGCUCGCAGAGAGCCAAUCCCUCCAAAAAUUAAACAAGACGAGGCUGAGGUCGGUUCUUUGAAACUCCACGAAUUGGAUUUUGAGCUACAGCAGGUUAUCGAAGAGACCAUUCACCCAGAACCUGCAGAAUCGGAGCACGUCGUGGAAGAGGAUGAUUAUAUAUCUAUGAGCUCUAAGCUGACAACCCGUAGAAGGCGGCGUACAGUAAAUCAGAACGUUACAUCAGAUGAGGAUGCCGCCAUCAUUGCAGAUUAUAUGGCUAAUAUUAAGGAUUGGGAGGAGGAGGAGGAAGAAGACGAUGAAGCCCAGCAUUUAGGAGUCGGGUCUUAUGGUUUUAGUAUACUGAGAGAUCUUGGCGGCAGUGAUAGCGACGCUGUUCCCGACGAAGUCUCUAGCGAAGACGGUACAGGCCACAGCUCAGAAGAUGCGGAAGACGAAACCAACGCAGAAAAUCACCGACAUCACCUCGAGGUAGAGGAUGAACGCAUAGCUCGCAUGCUCGCUAAGCAAGAAGAGCUGGGUAUUAGCGGCGAUGAUGUCUUGCUCUUUGAUGGAGAAGCAUCCGACGAAUGGAUGACGUCCCAAGCUGCCCCGCGUCGUAAGAGGAAGGGUGAUUCCAAGAAAGCUAAGAUAAUCCAAAAGCAAGGCCAAUUUCCAAGUGCAACGCACAUGGCGGAUGCUUUCGACGAGCUGGACCUCAUGGAUUGGCAUAGACCUAGUCUUAACAACUUCAAGAAGGGGCUACCAACGUUCAAUCUAUCAGACUCUGAGUUGGAAGAGGCUAUGAGAUUAACCCACCAGCGGGACCGCCUUAAGAAGGCGGAGAAGAAGAGAGCACGCGAGGAACUACGAUCCCAAGGUCUACUUGGAAAGAACGUCAAUCCCAAUGACCUUCGAAUUAAAUACCUUGGAGGCAUGUCAUUAGAUGACCUCGCUAACGAACUUGAGGCCUUCCUCCUUGGUUCUAAAGAACAACUUAUUCUGCCACCAUUUGACAAAGGUACCCGUAAAACUGUCCACGCUCUAGCCAACAAGUUUAAAAUUAAAUCGCAAUCUGCGGGCAAGGGCAAGGAUAGAUACCCAGUCUUUUAUCGAUGCAAGGCCACACUCCCAUUUGACCAAGCCACUUUUGAUAGAACAUUUGGCCGUGUCAAGCAAACCUGGUUCCCACGUGUCGACGCCAAUGCCAAAUUGGUGGAUGAAACUAGAAUCCUCAAGCGAGCCGAAGCCGGUAGUGGUAAGUCGCGCUUUAAGAGCUCUUUAACAUACCGUGAGGGAGACGUCAUUGGACAAAAUGCUGUCGAACUAGGCGUAGAGAACAAGGGCAGAACGAUGCUGGAGAAGAUGGGAUGGUCAAAGGGCAUGGCCUUAGGAAGUGAGGAGAAUAAAGGUAUUAUGGUACCCAUUACACAUGUGGUCAAGAAAUCCAAAGCUGGACUUGGAGAUGCUUAA